CCCAACAUAUAAUAUGCAAGGACCCUAUUCAAACACGCACCAAUUCAUUUCCAUUAACAUAUUAUACACUUUUUUUUAUCCCCUUCUCACACUUCCUCAUAAUCCCAAGCACUCUUCAUCAUGAUGAAAAGCGUGGAAAUGGAGUCACUGAUACCCAAACCAACAAGGUACUUACGAAGGCGGCGAUAUCAGCGACUCGACGAGGACACCAUCACCGGCGAUGGUAAGAAGACUAAGGUUCUAAGGUUGAGAAGAAGGCAAUGGAGGAUAAGAGUAGUUCCAAGGUUAACAUGGGCUAUUAGGUCACCAAUAAAGAUGUGGACAAAGCUUAAGAAUACUUAUGAGAAAUUUAUGUUGAAGUCCAUGAAAAGUGACACCAUCUUUGGAACUAAGGAUCGUGUAGUUUCUAAGGAUAAUUAUUCUCGUGAUGCUUUUGAGGCUAGACUUAUAUUUGAGAUUUCUAAGGCCUUGGUUGCUUCUCAUGAAUUGAAUUCCAUGUAAUAGUUAAAUCCUUCUUUAAAUAAUUUUGUGUACUUUUUGUUUUUUACUUUUUCUUAGUGUAUGUUUCUUCAUCCAUUUUGAUUUCAUAAUUUCCUUGUGGUGGAUAACACCUUCAAUUGGAAUCCACUCAUAAGUUCUUAUUUGUUUGUUAAUGUACCUCUUGACCCUUAAAGAAGUCGUUAAACAUUUAAGGAAAAUUAUAGUCAUAAAUAUAUAAAACAUAUUUGCGAGUUUUA